AUGAUAUUUAACGAUUAUCAGGCAACGUCAUCCACCACUGUUGUCACAGUAAAGACUGGCAAUGACAACCUUGGCGUUCACGUUAAGGCGUUAAAGGCACCUAUUGCUGACAAGGUGCAAAAAUCGGAACAAAUUCAGAGUGUCGAUUCGGUGUCUCUGGUUCAUGCUGCUGCUAUUAUGCUACAACUAAACUGGCCGUGGCAAGUUUAUCAAUCUUAUGACUCUAAACUUCGGGGCCUUCAAUUUUUCAUCACUGAAGUUUUGAAACGAACAAAGGCAAAGAUCGGCGUAUUAGAAGUUGCCCUUUAUUAUAUUCAUAAACUAAGUCUCAGAAGUACGAAGGUUAGGUGUGCAAAAAGAAUCUUUCUAUCAUGUCUUAUGCUCUCCUACAAAUUCACUCAAGAUAAGAACUACACUGCCAAUACUUGGUCACGGGUCUCUGGACUAUCUGUCCAGGAGUUGAUGCAGAAUGAAAUUGCGAUUCUAGUUGAUUUGGAAUACAAACUCUUCAUCGACCUUGAGACAUUCUCCAAAUGGAAGGAGUCACUCCAGGCCCUUGCCUAUGGAGCUCCUAAGUCCAGGAUGAUUUCCUUGGCCUCAGCUAUGGCUCGUCCUAACAUUCCUCCUUCCCUUUCAUGUUCAGAUGAUGAAAGUGACUCCACUAUGGAACCUAUUUCUCUGAAGCGUCGAGUCCACGAUAGGUCUCUACCAGUUCAAACUACAAAAAGAGUUCAUCUAUCAUAG